GGAAGGGCCCGGAGGUGGCCCGUUUUUUUUUUGUUUCCUUUUUCAUUUUUCUGGCUUCAUCCUGAAAAGUGGAAGGUUUAGGGGUUGAGGGACACUCGGACGCACCUCCUGUGCCCCAGCACGUGCGUGGCCACGAAGGUGUUCAUUCCUCCCCGCACCUCAGUGGUUUCAGGGUACGCCUGUGUGGACGUAUCUCCUAAAAGUGAAAAAGUUGGUCCUUGGGGACAAGGAGAAUAGUGAGAGAGACAUAGGGUCCUAACACAAGGAACGCCUCUCCACACCUCGUGGCGUGGCGUUAGAUUGGGCCCUGGACCCCUGGGUCUACCCUUCCCAGUGUCUGGACUCCCAUUUGGGAGGGGUUUCAAGGCCAUUUCCAUUUCACCCACGUUAAACACCGUGCAUUCUAAUUUUUGUGUCCUUCAUCUAGAUCCUUGACUCAGUGGUGCAGAACCUUUCAGGGUCGGUUGGAAGCCACAACCCAGCCUCUUGAUGCAGUCUGAAUCCAGCCAGUGUGAAGAGGAGACCCCUUCCCUGUUAUGGGGUUUGGAUCCUGUGUUUCUAGCCUUUGCAAAACUCUACAUCAGGGAUAUCUUGGACUUGAAGGAGUCCCGCCAGGUGCCAGGUAUAUUUUUGUACAACGGGCAUCCAAUAAAACAGGUAGAUAUCUUAGGAACUGUCAUUGAAGUAAAUGAAAGAGAUGCUUUCUACAGUUACGGAGUGGACGAUAGCACUGGAGUUAUAAAGUGUGUCUGCUGGAAAAAGCAGAGCGAUACCGAGUCUUUACCAGCUGCUCCAAGUACAGCAGGAGAGCUGAGCUUGACCUCACAACUUCAGAAGCUACGAGAGGCCAUUAAGCAGAAAACAAAGUUAGAAAUUGGGGACGUUAUCCGAAUCAGAGGCUACAUCCGCACGUACAGAGAACAGCGAGAAAUUCAUGCCACCGCUUAUUAUAAAGUGGAUGACCCAGUGUGGAACAUUCAAAUUGCAAGGAUGCUUGAGCUGCCCAUUAUCUACAGGAAAGUUUAUGACCAGCCUUUCCGAAGCCCGGCCCUAGAGAAGGAAAAGGCUCUAAGCAAUCCAGGUGCCCCGGACCUCACCAGUCUCACAUGUUUGCUGAGUGAAAAAGCCAGAGAAUUCCUCGUGGAGAACAGAGUACAGACCUUCUACCAGCAGGAGCUGGAGAUGGUGGAGUCUUUGUUGUCCCUUGCCAGGCAGCCUGUGGUUCACAGCACCUCCUCCAACCAAGGGAGUGCACCCUGCCCACGUGAGAUUCCAGUCCCAGCCCCAAGUCUGCAGCUGCAGGGCGUGGGUGAACGUGACUGUGGCGUUCAGACUAACAGGGUGGACCAGGGAACAGAGGUAACCAGAGAAGACAAAGAUCUACACAGAAAUAUCCGGCGGCUCAUUCAGGAGGAGUGCCAGAAACCAAACCACGUGGAGAAGGGCUGCCACUUCCUGCACAUCUUGGCCUGUGCUCGCCUGAGUGUCCUCCCGGGCCUGAGUGAGGCUGUGCUACGGCAGGUUCUGGAGCUCCUGGAGGACCAGAGUGACAUCGUCAGCACAAUGGAGCACCACUACAUAGCAUUCUGAGCAGAGGCCUGCAGACAGCACAUGCAGACGAGAAAGAUGAGAUGGCUCUUAUUUUAAACAUCAUGCAGGGGUUUAGGUGUCUGAAGGCAGUUUCCUCAUGAUAAAUUGCGAAAUGCAGUCAUUCAGGGAAUGGGAUUUGACAUCAGUGCUAUUGACUGCCUUCUACUUGCUAUAUCCCUGGAAGACGGAGACUGAUCUCACCGUGACAUAUAAGAAAAUCCUCCCUGUGGACCUUCUGGCUGGCCUGGCCAUCACUGACAGCAGAAUGGGGAGGUGUUGGCAGCUUCCUCAGCAUGUGCGUGUGGAGGCCAGACUGGUGGAGGGAGGGAUAGCGCAGACACAGACCCACACGCUGCAGGAACUGAAGCACACACUGCCAGACCACAUGAUUGUAAACUUUUUAAAACUAUAGGUCAUCAGCGACAUUUCUGUGGGCCUCCCCUCAUGGUUGAGAAUUGGUGUAAGGAAGUACUACCUGCCUAUGGUUUCUGUGGCUAAAACAGCAAGGCCCAUAGCCCAGGGUGAUGUCCUUUAUAGACUUACCAGGGACAGAAAUAAACAAGGAGCCAAGGCCUGGCUCUGGGUUUGUCAUUUUCCUUUUAUUUCCCUCUGAAUCAAAAGUUGUCUCCGUUUAUUUCCCUGCACUUCAGAGGUGUGUGACUGAGCACAUCAUCCCUUGGUGCCCUUGGAGAUCACAGAGGCUGUCAGCCAACCUCCUGGCAGGCAGUAGAUGUUAUUUUCAAGGUUGCUGCUGAGUGUGCAGGACGUGCUGACACCAUCCAGACGAAGACUCAGUAUGCGCCCAGACAGGUGAUGGAGUCAUGCUUUUGCUCGGAAUGACAAGGUAAAGAAAAAACAUCUGAGGUAUGUAGUAGACUUGUUCUAACAGCAAAAUGACAGAUCCAGCCAGCGAAAAUAAAUGGUAGGGAAAGACUUGUAGUCUUAAUUACAGUCAUUUCACAGAAGACUCUGUCUUUGCUGCGUUUACUGUUGAUGUAGUAGACAUCAGGCUCACUGGCGGUCCUGUGGACCUGGAGAGCUGCUCCCUUCUGCAUGGAAAUGGGAUGGUUUUUCCACUCCCAAGUCAACCACAGCUCAGUGUGUCGGGCUAUAAGCUAGUACUGGCAGAUUACUUCCUGUCAGAGACUUUUCUGAUGACCUAAACCUUCGCUGGUUUCUAACAGUGACUAUGCAGAUAGCUGUUCUGUGUCUUCCCUGAGUUCAAAGUUCCCUGGAGAAUAGGGUCUGCCGGGAAUGGUGUCCCGGCCAUUCUUCCUUGAGGUCAGGAGCUGCUCCAUAUUGAAAGUAUCUUUGAGUAGUGGAGCUGCCCCGGAAAGAGUCUAGAAUCCAUGUGAAAAGGGCAUAUCCUUGUACGUAGCAACUCCACUCCUGGGGGGUCAUUUCAAGGAGUUACCACACAAGUUGUGAAAGGACGAUUGCACACGACACCCAUUGCCAAGUAAUGUAGAAUUCUAUAACUGGGGAAAAUAUAUAUCUAUAUGGGAAAAGUUAAUUGUGGUUCAUGUGCACAAUGAAAUGCUAGGCAGCCUCUAGUGGUGGAGCAAACAGAUAGUAUUGUCCUUCUCACUCAGUUUGUGUUCCCAACAGAUAUGGGGUGUCCCAAAGGUCGUUGUACAUACAUACAUACAUAGGGAAAGUGGGAAAUUG